AAGUGACGGCUGUUCGAGGCAGCUUACGUUAGGCAUUCGUAGAUGUACAUUGUAAGGUACGGUAGGACAUCAGUUGUAUGUCCAGUCUGAUAUGAUAUUGUAGUAAAUAAUUCCUCUUCGCAACAUCGCGGUCGAUGUUUAUGGAUUGCCAGAAAUUGACGCGUCAUUGAACGGACUUCCAGGUGAGGCUACAACGCUUAACAGUUAACAUUAAGGUAACGUUACGAAAAUGCCACUGCAUGGGAAAAUAGUCGUGAUUAAGAGGACUGGAGGAGAUGGGACUGAGUUUCCUCUUACUGCAACGUGCUUAUUUGGAAGGAAGCCUGACUGCGAUAUUCGUAUUCAGCUUCCUCAAGUCUCCAAGGAGCAUUGCAGAAUUGACUUGAAUGAAAAUAAAGAGGUCAUUUUGACAAAUUUGAGCUCAGUGAAUCCAACUCGUGUCAAUGGAAAGCCUAUGCAGCAGUCUGAGCGUUUGAAGCAUGGAGAUGUGAUAACUGUAAUUGACCGUUCUUUCAGGUUUGAGUACCCACCAGCACCCACACCAAAGAAGAGGUCUUCAAUAGGAGGCAAAACUGAAACCUUCAAAGUUCUUCAAGAUCAGCAAGUGGGGGACACAUUCGCUGUUGAAAAAGGAGACAAGAGGGUCUCUGAAGUGUCCACAGACCCUCAUCUGAAAGAUGGAACUAACCAUGACAACAUCCAGCGAUCGCUGGAGAAAACUAUGGUGGAGUCAAAGGAGGAUGAUGGCCUGCUGCAAGGCAAGACCACCUCCCCCUUCAAGGAUCUGUAUCAAAUGAUCAAAAAAUCUCUGGAUGUCAAGACCCCUCGGAAAUCUUCUGCCAGUCUGCUCCAAACGCCUUCUUCAAGGUUUUGCACACCAAAACCUUGUUCCAUCAGGAAAAAUGAUGGAAGCCCUGUCCUUUCCACAGAAGACAAGAGCACUCCUAAGAAGAAUGAAACUAAAGGGGAGAAUGAAAAAAUAAGUAAUGGGACCCCAAAGUCUGUAAAGAAACAGAGGAGGUCCUUCCAUGCUCCCUCUACUGAGAUGGCCGGACCAGAAGCUGAAAAUACAGCUUCACCUCAGAAGAGAAACCGUGCAUCCCCCCAGAGGUUUACUGUGUGUGAGGUUAUUGAGCAAGUUUCCGCUCAAACGCCAAAGUCGCCUAUGAGAAGGAGAAGCAAGGAGGUCACACCAGCCAAACUGGUGACUAAGGAGCAAGAAGAGCAAGCGGUGACUUCUCCCAAAAUACUUCAGGCAUCACCAAGGAACUCAGAGAAAACUGAACAAGUGAAAGAGACGUCUAAAAAACGCAAAAGCGGAGAACUUGCGGCUGACUUACCCGCACCACAAAUGAAGAGGAAACGGGUUUCCUUUGGAGGUCAACUGAGUCCUGAGUUAUUUGACAAACGACUGCCUCCUGACUCUCCAUUGCGCAAGGGUGCUGCUCCGCGGAGAAGCUUGUGUCUGUCUAAACCCAACCAGUCACUCCUCAGACGAGCAUCGGUCAUUGGCAUGAUAAAGGAGUUUGAACAAGAGCAUCCAGAUAGCCCAAAGGUUCGAAGAACACCUACAAAGAAGUCGCCAAAAUCCAGGACCCCUUCUCCCAAGGCAGCAACUCCUGCAAAGAAGUCGCCAAAAUCCAGGACCCCUUCUCCCAAGGCAGCAACUCCUGCAAAGAAGUCGCCAAAAUCCAGGACCCCUUCUCCCAAGGCAGCAACUCCUGCAAAGAAGUCGCCAAAAUCCAGGACCCCUUCUCCCAAGGCAGCAACUCCUGCAAAGAAGUCGCCAAAAUCCAGGACCCCUUCUCCCAAGGCAGCAACUCCUGCAAAGAAGUCGCCAAAAUCCAGGACCCCUUCUCCCAAGGCAGCAACUCCUGCAAAGAGGUCGCCAAAAUCCAGUAGUCCAUCACCUGCAAGGGGAAGGUCCCCCUCCAGGAACAAAGUGGAAACUCCUACGGCCAACGAACAGCCUAAGAAUCAACGCAAGUCGGUAACUCCAGGAUUCCAGACCCCCUCAGUACAAGGGCGCUUCUCUGUGUCACGCAUCAGCACACCAUCUCCAGCUGCAGAAAACGCUGUUUCUGCCCAGGUGCCUUUAGUCUCUGUAACUCCUAAAAUACCCCUGAGGAGGAAGAGCGCCUCAGGGAAGACUCCAAGUAUGGCAAAGAGCGCUGUGAAAGUAAUGCGCAGAAGAAGUGGCAUUUCACGGGCAUCUAUGAAACUGUGGGCAGAUGUUGUGAAAUUUGGGCAACCCAAGGCUCAAGUGGCUGCUCCAGCUAAAAAAACGGUCCCCAAAAAGACAACAAAAAAGGCUGCGUCCAAACCACAGACCCCUGCAAGAGAACUCAAAGGCCAUGUCAGCACUGGGCAUGCAAAUUCACCUGUUACCAUUGUUUUGAGCAGAGCUCACUAUCAAAAGUUUGUAAAUCCAACUGGUGCUGCACCAAGACUGGUCGCCAAUACUGCUCUCCUUAAAAAAAACAUGAAAAUGGACGAGGACCUGACUGGAGUUUCUGAAAUGUUUAAAACUCCUCUAAAUGAGAGGAAGAGGAGGUCUGUAAUCAACGAGACCAGUGCUGUUAAGACACCAGCAGAAGGCCUGGGCACAUCUGUGGUAGAACCAUCAGUGUUGAACACACCAGAAGGACCAGGCGAAAUGAUGGUGUCCCCACUGAGUGUUUCAUCUAUGGUAAAAGACAAAAGCUACAACAGUGAGGCAGUCCAACGCCUCCUGAAUGAAGAUCCAGAGUCUAGCUUAGUCAGCGAUGUCCCUGCCUUGGAGAUUCACUCUGAUUCUGGUGAACAGCAGUGCGCAGAUUUGAAGACACACUCUGUAACAACUCCCAAACAGAAGCCAGAAUUACCGGAGUGUCUCACUGGCGUGAAGAGGAUCAUGAAGACACCAAGACAGAAAGCUGAGCCUAUUGAGGACCUGAGAGGGAGACUUCUGAGAACUCCUAAGCAGAAACCUGAACAGCAGGAGUGCCUCACCGGAGUAAAGAGGAUCAUGAAAACCCCACAACAGGAAGUUGCGCCUCUCAAAGACCUUCAAGCAAAACUUCUGGAAACUCCUAAAGCUCUAAAGGCUGAUGCAGGUUUGGAUGAUAAAGAACUUGAAGAGACACCAGCACACGUGCAAGAAUCUGAAGACCAAUCGGAAAUGACAGAAAUGAAAACUCCAAAUGUGAAGAGCUCCCCAUUGGUAUGUCUCACAGGUAUCAAGAGAAUAAUGAAGACGCCCAAGGAGAGAAGUGCUCCAGUUGAAGAUAUGGUUGGCAUAAAGAGCCUCAUGAAAACUCCCAGAGAUAAGAGUGAACAGGUUGUGGAGAACUUAAGUAUCAAGAGACUCGCAAAAUCGCCAAGGCUGAGCAGUAAUGCGCCAGUGGAAGUCUUGGAGGGAGUUCAAGAGCUUGUGGAGGAGCCACUGACUGAUCACACAGGAGUGGACACAAAUGAGGUGGCAGAUCAAAGCCCUCUGGAUUGUGGUGAAGACAUUGCAAAAGAGCUAGACUUUGCCCAGGAGGAGCCUCGAGACAAUGUGCAAUCAGAUGUGAUCAAUGAUGUGCUCCAAAUUCACACGACAAAGGAAGCAGAUGCAAAUGAAGUUGUCGAUCAUUUGGAGGAGGUGCCAAGUGAACAUGAUGAUGAAGACGCAUCAGAUACCAUGGAAACCGUUUCUCAAGCAGCUAUAGAUGAGAAUUUACCUGUUGACGCAGCAGAUGAGCAUGUAUCUGAAGAACAACCUGAAGUGGAGACUGCCACAGAUUCUGACCAUGAGAAGAAACCUGUUCGUGGCAGAAGAGCAAAAACAGAAUCUAAAGCAGCUGAGGAUAAACCGGAGGCAACAGAACAUUGUGAAGAUCCCAUCACCCCUGCUCCAGUCAGAGGAAGAAAAGGGAAGAAAACUGAAGCUACUGCACCGCCUGCUGUUAAACAAACAACAAGAAGCAGGAAUGCAAAGACCACUGAAAGCAGGGAUGUUGAGAUUGCAAUGGAGAAAAGCGAGUCUCUGCCUUCCAAAGUUGCCCCUAAGCCUAAACGAGGAAGAAAUGCCAAAAAGUUUUCUUCUGCUCAAGCUGAAAUGGUGCCAGUGCCUGAGAGUGAGCAGAGCCCCCGAGUUGAUGUCAACCACGAGGCAAAUGACACUGCAACAGCUCUGGAGAAGGCUGUAUUGAAGCCUAAGCGGGGCAGAAAAGCUGAAAAAUCUGUGCCAGAGCAGCAAGAUGUGCCCCAAGCUGACAUGGCAAAAGAAGCAGGAGCAACUGAAGUCUGCGGUGACGAGCUGGAGGUGUUGCGCAGUGGACAGGAUGAAAAUAAAUCAUCAGAUGCAAUGGAAAUCUUUCACCAGGCACCUGUAACUGAGAGUUUACCUGAAGUGAAGACCGCAACUUGUGAAGUCACAGAAAUGGAGGCAGCUGUCGUUCAGAAAAAAUCUGGUCGAGGCAGGAGACCGAAACUGGUGGAAUCUAAAGCAGCUGAGGAUAAACCGGUGGCAACAGAACAUUGUGAAGAUCCUGUCGUCCCUGCUCCUGUCAGAGGAAGAAGAGGGAAGAAAAUUGAAGCUACUGCACUGCCUGCUGUUAGACAAACAACAAGAAGCAGGAAUGCAAAGUCUCAAGAGAACACCUCUGAUGAUCAACCUGAAAUGGUACCACAGAAAGUUGUGGAGCCACUGGUGGCUGAGGUUUCCACUGAAGCUGUGAGUGACCAGACUUCUUCACUAAAUACCCAUCAGGAAGAAAAGGAUCCUGCACUGCCCGCAGAAGCUGUUGUGAAGCCCAUUAGAGGGAGAAAAACUAAACAAGCACCUGUUGAGCCACCUCAGUCAGAGCAAAAUGAAGUUGUUAGUGACGAGCCUGCAGACGCUCAAGCUCAAAAGUCCAUUCCUGCUGUUGGAAAACCCAGAAGAGGGAGAAAGCCAAAAACUGAUACUGUUGAACAAAAUGAGGUGGCAGAGGACCCUGUUCUCAUUGUGGAGACCAAGCAGCAGGCUCAGCCUCUGCUCAGGGCUAAGAGGGGAAGAAAUGCCAAAGAGGAAGAGCUAGAGAAAGAUGUCCAGACUAUUUCAGUUGAGACUGCUAAACCACAAGAGCCGGUUAAAAAAUUAAGGAGAACCAGGAAGGCGGAGCAAGACCAUGUAGAACCAAGAGAAGAAGUCCAACCCGUUGUCCCAGAGGAGGCUGAGGCUCCACUUGUUGCCGAGCCAGUGAAGAUGAAUGAACAGGCAACUGUGGCUGCAAAACCAAGGAGAGGAGGGCGAAAAGCAAAACAGGACACACAAGAGUGUGAAACCCCUGUUGAAUCUGCUGAGGUCCAAGAAGUUCCUAUCGUCAGCUCCACAGGCAAACCCAAACGUGGCAGGAGAGGAAAACAAGUUACUGAAGAGAUCACUGCUGUAGCACCAGAGGAACAACCUGACCAUGAGCUUCAGGCUGAAGAGGAGAAAAUUGCUGAGCCAGAGGCUUCAACCAUUAAACAUGGCAGGGCAAGGGGGCUUAAAACAUUGGUGAAAAAUGAGCUUCCACAAGCCAUUCCGGCCAAGAGAGCCCGUCGAGGUGCAGCUGCUCCCCUUAAGGACACCAAUGCAGAAUCGACAGUCCUGGUUUCAGAGUCUGCGCCAUCUUCAGUACAGCCAGCUAAAAGGGGGAGACGUGCAGCAGCAAAGCCCACAACAGAUGAUGCUGGUGACCAGGCAAAUCCCACUGAAGACGUAAGCAGUGCUGUGGUGGAAGACACAAAAAUGUCCAAUAGAUGUGUCAAGUGGAAAGCAGAUUUGGAAGUGUUUGAGAUUCCACAAUUAACACCUGUAAAGGCGGUCCGAGGCAGGAAGUCAAAACUUGGAGACAAGGUUGACACUGAAAGCAAAAAUCUCUCUAAGGAUGCCAACAAAACUGAAGAGAAGGAUCUCUCAGAUGAAGUUGUCGAAGCUCAGCCCAUCAAGAGAGCCAGGCGCGUGGCAAAGGUUGCUGACAAAGAGUUCACAAGCAAGGUGAAAAGUGUUGAGGCUGAGGCACAGCCAAAAACCCGAAGAGGAAGAGCAGCAAAGAAAUAAAUGCAUUUGUAUAUAUCCUUAAUCAUAAUGACUUUUUCCCUUUAAAAUCUUUGUCAUUUUUUUUUAAGAUUGUAUGGCAUUUUAGAAAGUAGUUUUAUAAAAACGAAGCAGUGCUUUUUUUUCUCCAAUACAGCAGGGAAUCUUGUUUAAACCCUUUUAUGUCGUGACAAGUUGUAUGUUCAUUACAUUGCGAAUAUUUUUAUGGUGAAAAAAGUGGUUAUUAAAUUUUUGUACAAUGGGGGAAAAAA